GCCAGCCCCAAUGUGUGGGUGCUCCAGGAUGGCAGGGGGGGUGCUGGAGGUGCAGGGGGUGCCCCCCGACGCCCCCGAGGAGCUGCUGAUCCUGUACUUCGAGAGCCGGCGGCGCUCGGGGGGGGGCCCCGUGCAGAGCUGCCAGCGCCUUGGCCCCCUCCUCUUCCUCACCUUCGAGGACCCCCAGGACGCACAGAAUGUGCUGGCCCACGGCAGCCACAGGCUCGGGGGAGCUGAGCUGGGCGUGCGCCCGGCCCCCCCCUGGGACCCCACGCACCUUGUGCUGCACAGCCUCGACCCCGGGAGCCCCCCCGAGCCCCUGGACGAGCCCCUGGAGACCCUGCUGGGGGUCCCCCCGGGCAGUGCCACCCUGUGCCAGGGCUCUGUGCCCGGCUGGGGCCUGCUGCGCCUGCGGGACCCCCUGAGCCCCCCAGAGCUGGCGGCGGCGGAGCAGCGGGCACGGCAGCAGGGGCUGGCGCUGCUGCGGGUGCCGCAGAGCCCCGCGGUGCUGGUGCGGGCAGCGGGGCCGGCGCUGAGCCGGGACCUGCUCGAGCUCUACUUCGAGAACCGGCGCAGCGGCGGCGGCCGCGUCACGGACGUGAGGAUGCUGCCAGGUGGGCGCGGGGCCGUCGUCACCUUCCAGGAGGUGGCAGCCGCAGAGCGGGUGCUGCAGAGGCCACACCGGCUGCAGGACGCGGUGCUGGAGCUCGUCCCCCACUUCCCCUUCCUGGAGCUGCUCCUGGACACUGUCCCCACUCCGGACAGGGCCUGUCCUCCUGACACAGAGCCUGUGCUGGUCACGGAGCCCUCGCUGGACACAGAUUGCCCGCCGGACACGGCGCCCAGCGUGGCACACACGGACCCUCCGCCGGACACGGCCGCCACAGUGCCGGUGCCGGCAGCACCAACAUCGCACCCAGUGCUGGAGCAGCCACCAGCCGCCGUCCCCAGCAGCGACAAGGACACAGAGGAGCUCAGGGCCGUGCCCAGCCAGGCCCAGCCCCCAGGGCCUGUGUCCACGGGGGUCCCGGAGCUGAUGCUGGCGGUGCCGGUGCAGGACGAGGUGCUGGUGCCGGCGGAGCCGGGAGCUCUGCGGUACCUGCAGCAGCACCACCAGGACGUGCUCGGCAGCAUCCCCGAAGUGUCCCUGCUGUCACUGGAAGGGGGGGACAUCUCUGGGUUCCGGGUGAGUGGGGAGCAGGGCCGGUGCCAGGCAGUGGCAGAUUUCCUGCAGAGCCUGCUGGACUCCGUGGCCUCGCACUCCACAACCUUGCGCUUCCCUGGAGUUGCCCGCUUCCUGUGGGACCCGGCCGGGCAGAGCCUGCUCCAGGAGCUGGAGAGCCGCUUCCAGUGCGUCAUCCAGCUGGAAGGGGAACCCUGGACCCCUCCAGAUCCCCAGCUGGAGCUGGAGGAGCUGCUGCCCCCAAGCAGCCACGGGGACCCCCGGUCACCCUCCUGGCCCCUGGACCUGCCCGAGGACACCAGUGCCGCUGCUGCUGAUGAACGUGAUGAUGAUGGCUUUCAUUCCAACGCAGAGGAGAUCAAGGAGGUGAUGGCAGCGCUGCACCCGCGCAGCGCCAGCGGCCGUGGCACCCCCGAGCUGUGGCCUGGCACCAUCCCCGGCGGGGAGUGGGACCCUGAGGAUGAGAUCCCGUACGCGGCCGGCGGGGACGGUGCCAGCAAGCUGCUGUCGCACACCAGGGUGGAGGAGGAGGUGCAGGUGGCCCUGGCCAUCCAGUACUCCAUGGACAACACGUGGUGCGAGGAGCAGGAUCUGGCACGUGCCACCGCCCUGUCCCUGCACUCCUACAGCCGGGAGCAGCAGCAGGAGCAAGCCCAGGAGGAUGCCGGGCUCCUGGCCGCGCUGGAGGCCUCGCUGGAGGAGGCUCUUCAGGCGGCAGACGUGGCGCGGGUGGCGGUGUUCUGCUCCUUGGAGCAGGACGUGUUGGCGGUGCUGCAAGAGCUGGAGCGGGCGCUGGCGGCUCAGCAGCGGGCACGGGAGGUGGUGAGCGAGCGGCUGCGGGCACUGCCGGCCGCCGGGAGCUGCGCGCUGACCCUGCUGCGGCGCCGGCACGCCGUGCACCUCAUCCUGCGCGGUGACACCGCCACGCUGCGCGGCUUCGCCGACUACCUGGGCCCUGCCGCCCAAGAGCUCGCAUCGCUGCUUCAGCGCCUGCCACCGCCAGGGCACGGUGCCACCACCGCUGCCACCACCACCGCUGCCACCACCACUGCCACAGCACACUGGGUGCGCUGGGACCCCUCUGGCACCGCUGUCCCCUACGCCCCCGAGGCAGCGGCGCAGCUGGAGCAGGCCUGGUUGCGCCAGGAGCGCCGGCUGGAUCUGGUGCUGGACGGGCGACCCUUCACCGUGCAUUUGGAGCGCAUGGAGGAGUUCGACAUCGGCAGUGCCCGCGCCGUGCCCGUCUGCCGCAGCCAGCCCCCGCUGGACAGCACCUGCUGCCUGCUCGCAGGGCCAGAGGUGCCUGGGCUGGAGGAGGAGGUGCGGCUGAUGGCGCUGCCUGAGGACUCGGAGGAGUUCUGUGACACGGUGAAGCAUUUCUGCGCGACGCUGGAGGAGCUGCACAGCCAGCUCAGCGUCGUGCAGCAGGUGCAGAAGCUGAUCCAUCCAGUGCUGUACAAGCAGUACCAGCUGAAGAAGGGCAGCGUGAAGCGCGCCUGUGCCGCCGGCACCGCCGUGGAGCGCGUCCUCUUCCAUGGCACCACCAAGGACUCCAGCCGCGAGAUCUGCCUGCACGGCUUCAACCGCAGCUUCUGCGGCAAGAACGCCACACUCUACGGCCUGGGCGUGUACUUCGCGGCGCGAGCGGCCAUCUCGGCGCGGGACCGCUACUCGCCGCCCAGCGCCAACGGCACCAAGUUCAUCUUCAUGGCCAAGGUGCUGACCGGGGAGUUCACGGCCGGGCGCCCGGGGCUGCGGGCACCCCCGCUGCGGGAGGGCUCCGGGGUGCCCCAGCGCUUCCACAGCGUCGUGGACGACCCCCGGCAGCCCGAAAUCUUCGUCAUCUUCAACGACACCCAGGCGUACCCGCAGUACCUCAUCACCUGCCGCAGCCGCCACGGGGGUCCUCUCUGAGCCCCCUGGCAGUGCCUCGGCUCCAGGGACUCCCUUUUAUCCCCCUUUUUAUCCCCCUUUUACCCUCCUUUUAUCCCCCCAGCACCCCCUGGCACUGGUGCCUCGCAGGGGUUACGGGGCCCUGCCAUCGGGACUUGCUGUGCCAGGGAGGUUCCUGCCCUGCCCAUGAACUCAGAGUGGGGGGAUCCUCGCUUGGGGACGCUCCUGGGCACCCUCGUGCCAGGGCUGGAGGUGGACAGGAGGGCUUGGGGUCACCUGUGUGACACGAAUGAAAUUUGGGACUGCAAAU